CCUCAUGCCUGUCUCUUCCCAGUGGGGAACAUGCUGAUCCAGGCUCAGUUCUACCAGCGCGCUGAAACGCUGCAGCAGGAGGGCGGACAGUUCAUGUUCGACUUCGAUGGGGACGAGAUCUUCCACGUGGAUCUGCAGAAGGCGGAGACCAUCUGGCGCCUGCCUGAGUUCGGGGAGUUCGCCAGCUUCGAGGCCCAGGGAGCUCUGCAGAACAUAGCUAUAGGCAAACAGAACAUGGAGAUCUCAAUCAAGGCCUCCAACCGCUCACAGGGGACGAUCGAGCCACCUGAAGUGACAGUGUUCUCCGAGGACCCUGUGGAGCUGGGGGAGCCCAACGUCCUCAUCUGCUACGUGGACAAGUUCUGGCCGUCUGUGAUCACCAUCAAGUGGCUGAAGAACGGGCAGGAGGUGGUGGACGGCGUCGUCGAGACCGUUUUCUACCCGCGGGAGGACUAUGGCUUCCGCAAGUUCUCCUACCUGCCCUUCGUCCCCACCCGGGGCGACUACUACGACUGCCGGGUGGAGCACUGGGGGCUGCCCAAGGCCCUCCUGAAGCACUGGGAGCCCCAGGUGCCCCUGCCCGUGUCCGAGAGCACCGAGACCCUGGUGUGCGCCCUGGGCCUGGCCGUGGGCAUCGUGGGCAUCAUCGUGGGCACCGUCCUCAUCAUCAAGGCCAUGAAGAUGAACAGCGCCCGCAACGCGCGGGGCCCCUUGUGAGUGGGCAGAGCCCUGGGCUCCCUGCCUGCCCCCACGGCUGGUGGCAUGCUGGGAGCCGCUUGCCCUAGUAUCCCAGCCGUGUGCCCCCCCGCUAGACCCCGGCAGCGCAUCCCUGGCCCGUGCCCUGCACAUGCUGACCUGACAGAGACUGCUCCUGAGCUUGACCCCAGUGCUGACCCGUCCCUGCGCUGGGCUGGGGGGCAGAGGUGGCACUUGGGGCCACUCCGACUCGCCUGCACUCGGAGGAAAUCGCUGCAGAGCCUGGGGCCUGGACUAGGCCCAGCGCCCAACCCUUGCUGCGACUGCGCUGGGGCUGCCCUGCCCAGAGCCCCAGGCUCCACGGCCAUUUCCAGAUGGGGACAACGGCGCCUCCUCCCAGCCCAGAUGUGGGGUCUCCUCUGUAGACCCUCGAAGGGAGGGGAGGUGUCUCCUGCCCCACAGCCCCCUGUGCACACAAUCCCGCGCCCUCCGCUCCUGCUCUGCUGCUUUGUGGCCCCAACACAAGUGGACUGGGGGGGGUCCUGCUGUGCGACCUUCA